GUGGGUCACAGCUGAGGAAUCCAACCUAUUUCGCUAAAUAAACACUGGCUUUUGCUGGCUCAGUUCCUUGGAGCAAUCAGCGGAAUUCAGCAUGGAUUGUGUGGCGGUGGUGGUAUCGGCUCGGCUCCCACUCCCAACCCAAAGGUAUUUUUCUCACAAGGUCAGACAGUGAAUUAAAGUAUUUAAUACGUGCUGCUGCUGUUGUUGGACACUCCGAGGUUACUGAUGGAUCACAGGAAUUUGCCGAGAAAUUACAGCGUAAAUCUCGUCUUGGAGAAGUUGAGCAAGGCGUACGGUACGACGUCAGAGGGAUGUGUUGGUCUAUAGCCUACAUCUUUUGGCGCUAAUAAGUUAAGCGUUCUUAUGUCAUGCAAGACAAUCUGUCCCCAAGUAUAUUCACGAGAUACACCAAAAAGUCCCCUGUGUUAUGAUCUUGCAUUUUCGUGUAGACAUAGUGGUUAUAAACGACUGUUUGAGAUACAUGCGCUUAUGUAAACGACCCUCCUAUUCGCUCUUGGUGACGCAUCGGAGGUUUGACGUAUAUGCGCGCUCCCAAGUCACUCGGUCGUCGCAAGCUCAGCAACUGCUAACGGAGUGCCCGGGUUGGCACCAACUUUUCAUACUGUCACUGUGCAACUAUGACUUUUGCGUAAUCGGCCGCCAGGGAACGGGAUCCUUAGCUGGGUCCUGGAAGAGAAGAGAAGGGAAGGAGGGAAGUUGUCUACAGUCUCGGGGCGGAGAGAAGACAGAAGGGGACAAUCAAGUGGUGUUUCAAAAAGUUUUUGUUCUCUCUUUUUUUCUUGACUUUUCUCGGAAUUACGAGCCGAGAAUCACCUGUGGUAAACCAGCGGCGCACAUCCCCAGGAGUAGGGAAUGGUGUCAAAGAUGAGCCUGAUGUCCGCUCUGGACACGAGUGGCUCUGUUUACCAACCGGCGCAGCUUCUGAACUGGGUUUAUCUCUCUCUACAAGACACCCACCAGACCAGUGCCUUCGAUGCCUUCAGACCCGAGUCCAACUCUUCCCAUCCGGAUCAGAACUACAAUAAGCAGCCGGCCAUUGACGUGAGCCCCACCUCGCUCAGUACAAACUAUCUGAACAACUUCUUGCAACUGCAGAGGAUCGAGCAGGGCUUGAACAAUGGCGUGUACAAGAACUCGUCUCCGUACGGGUCCCUGAACAACAUAGUGGAGGGCCUGAACUCCCUGACGGACCACUUCUCCGACCUCUCCCUCUCGUCUGAGCCACGCAAACCCAGCAAGCGACCGCCGCCCAACUACCUGUGCCACCUGUGCUUCAACAAGGGACACUACAUCAAGGACUGCCCACAGGCUCGGCCCAAAGGCGAGGGCCUGACGCCGUAUCAGGGGAAGAAGCGCUGCUUCGGGGAGUACAAGUGCCCCAAGUGCAAGAGGAAGUGGAUGAGUGGGAAUUCGUGGGCCAACAUGGGACAGGAGUGCAUCAAGUGCCACAUCAACGUUUACCCCCACAAGCAGCGACCGCUGGAGAAGCCCGAUGGACUGGACGUGUCUGACCAGAGCAAGGAGCAUCCCCAGCACCUGUGUGAAAAGUGCAAGGUGUUGGGCUACUACUGUCGCCGGGUGCAGUGACCCUCUCCCAUGCAAGAAUGCUAACACAAACACGAACACAAAUAGACAUACACACAUCAAAGGGACUCUGUCUGUGUACAACUCCAAUGAUCAACCUCAGCUGUCUGUAUGAUCACCCUAAUGAGAAGUGCACACCUCACACGCAUACAUAUUACUCACUCAAACACACAUGGACGCACGCAUGCACACACUCACACACUGGUGCCUGUGACCAUCCUCAGCUCUCAGCUCCAUGCCACCGAUGCCUACCUGGACCUGCCCCCAAGUCAUUGCCACCCAAGUGCCUCCCCUCUCAUGAAUGUCAGCGGGACAUUGGUGAAACGCGGUGAAUCGAUGCAUGGACUUAAAUUGACUUGUUCAUUUGUGCGUGUGUGUGUGAGAUAGAGGGAGAUUGAACACCUAACCAUUUGUACUGAAAUGGUGGCAAGCACUGCCAAUUGAACCCACACAGACAGAUAGGUGACAGACAGACAGACAGACAGACAGACAGACACAUGCACACACACACACAAUUGAAGCAGUUGGAAUGAAGUAGGUCAUCACAUAGUGAUUUUAUUAACUCUUUUUUUAUUUCGUUGUUUGUUUACAAGAUUACUCGUUUUCCCCCUAUAGCCUAGUGAAGGUAAGGGAGAUAAAUGACUGCAUGUACUGUACCUAUUUGCUCACCCAAACCAGGGCUGGAUUAAGAUGGCCUGGGGCCCAUGGGCUUCAAAAAUUGCUGUAGACCCCCACGGAAGGCAAAUUUCAUUAUGAAAUUGUACUAUAGACAACAUCAUAAUUUCAAGCCAGGAAUAAAGGAUAACAGGCCUGUCAACUGUGGAGAAGAGUAUUAACAAGAUUUAGAAGUAGACUAUGUUUUAAAUGUUGAAUCUUGUCACAAUUCAAUGCAAAUUAAUGCAUUUUUCUCCCUUCUGACCAAGCUGGGGAGCCCCUGGCAAGUGGAGGCCCCUAUAGGCUGCAGCCAUAUCUAACCUGGGGUACAUUUGUUGAAAGUGUAGUUCUUAGCCACUUAGCAACUUGGGUAGUUGCCAAUGGGAAAUUGGAUUGCUAACAUCAAAGUAGCUAACAUAGUUAGCAACUAUGCUUUCGAGAAAUGCACCUGUGUGCGUCAAUCCAGCCCUGACUAUGGCAGACCUUCACAAAGACAUUAGGUCAGUAGCACAUGUACUCAACUGUGAAUCCACCAUCAACAGAGUCUAGCUGUAGCAAUACAGAAUCUCAUCUGUGCAUAUUAUGGCAAUGUAAUAUCUCUGUAUUAUAUGUUGCAUUAGCAAAAAAAGUGAUAUAUUUAUGUAGCGGUCUACACUUAUAAAGGCUGUCUCAUUUUUCUGUGCAAUUGCAUUAAUCUUUUUAACCGGGUGUACAGUAUAAUCUUAUUUUAACCAUCUAAAUAUGUAGGUCUUUAGGGAAGAAAAGAGUAAAAAAAACAUCUACUGUAGAUUGAAGACUUUGUAGGCUGAGCAAAUUAUAUAGGGUACUUCAAAAACGACACGGGAAACGUAUACUUUCUUUGUGUACCCUGAAGGUUUUCAGAUAUCAUGUCCUGUGUUUGUAUCCAUCUCUUAAACAUACAGAGCUCUUAGUAUAGAGGACAUAAUCACAUGUUCUCGUGCAAUAUUCCUAAGGGUUCUCGAGGUAACUCGUAAAAGCAAGCCGUCCGCAGAACAAAUAUAGCGUUCAUGCAAAUGUUACUUUUUGUUUUCGUUUUGUUUCUUUUGUUGACCCCAACAGAUGAAAAAGCAGUAUUGGUAAGACUUAAGAAUAGAGUUCACAUGUUGGCCCUUAAUACAUCACUACCGUAAGUACUGCCUCUAUUUAAGUGACUUAGAAGAAAGUCAAGGGCCUGCGAGUUCCAAUUAUACUGGGUAACAUUUAACUUGACGUAUGACAUAACAGUGUCAUAACAGUGUCGUAAUGAAUCAUGCAUGUGUCGUAAACAUUUCAUGACUGUCAUUAAGUGGUCUUAGAGUUAUGGUAAAGACAGCCCUAACAAUGUCAACUUUAUGACUCGUCCAUGACUGUCACGACACUGCUUUGACACUGUUGUGACACUAUACCUGUACGUAUGACGCCAGUAUCAAGCAAAGUGUAAUCUUACAGUAUGAAUAAUUAAGGCCUUACUGGCAGUGAUUAAGAAAUUUGUGAAUACACGCCGAACAAAUGAUUGAUUUUGCUGAACAUGUUUUAAGUCAUUGAUGCAGCUAGACAUAUUGGGGGCCAACCUGUGAAUCAUAUUCUGAAGUUUUAACACAAUAUUCACUGUCAAUACUUGGCCUUAGUGCACAGGUGUCCCUUUCAUUCAGACGAUAGUACUGUAGAGUCGUUGCAGUGAGUUUAACCAUUCUUUUGGCACUUAAAUAUUAUGAUAAUAGCAAUAUUAUAAGUAGCCUAUUUCAGUAUGCAUUCAUAAAUAAACCACUUUCCUAUGCACCCUGAGCCUAAUAGCUCGUCUUUCUGAUAAUGGUUUACUGGAAUAGUUUAGUAGCAAAGGUGCAUAAAAUAAAUAUGGAAAUACUCUCAAAGUGUGGGCCUAUCUACCUCAUUACAGUGGAAUAACUAUAUAAAGUGUAUAAAGUAUGAAAGAUCAUCUAGUGCUAGUGCUAGUGCUGUAUUACAUCAUUUGUUUGGUAAAGUGAAAAUAGAAAAUGAAAGUCCAACUGGGAAACUCCAACUCCCAUUAUUGUCAUUGUGACACAGCACUCCACAGCACACAAGUGAACACUGCACACUACACACAACGAAAUUGCAUUUAUGCCUCACCCGUGCAAGGGGGCAGCCCCCAAUAGCACCCGAAAGGGAGCAAUGUGGCGGGACGGCACCAUGCUCAGGGUACCUCAGUCAUGUAUAUCAUUACUAAGGGUUUCCGUCCCAUACCCAAGUUUCUUAAGGUAUAGAGCAA